GUUGAUACAGUCAAGUACGUUGCGCAGCAAUCUCUACGGCAUUCGACUACAGUGUUGUACCGGUAUUGGAAAGUAUUCAGAACUUUGUUACUCGCAGUCAGGAUAACUAUAUUUAUUCUUAAGACGUAAUUUAACGAGCAAAAUCAUUUCGCGUUUCUUUCGCCAGUACAUUUGAGCUAUCGAAAUAUCAAAAUGGCAGGUGAUCGCUUCGAUCUGGUGAUUUUUGGUGCUACAGGAUUUACAGGAAAAUAUACAGUUAAAGAAGCUGCUCGAUUGGCAAAGGAAAAGUCAAUCUCAUGGGGUGUAGCAGGACGUCGAAAGGAAGCUUUAGAAGCUGUCCUUAAAGAAUUUGCUCCUGAUUUUGAUAAUAUUCCUAUUAUCAUUGCGGACGUCAAUGAUGAAGAAUCUCUAAAGAAGAUGACAGAACAAGCCAAAGUGAUAGUUAACUGUUGUGGACCAUAUAGAUUUUUUGGUGAACCUGUUGUUAAAGCCUGUAUUGCAACUCGUACUCAUCAUGUUGACGUCAGUGGAGAACCUCAGUAUAUGGAACGGAUACAAUUAGAAUACAAUAAAGCUGCUCAAGAAGCUGGUAUAUACAUAGUCAGUGCUUGUGGUUUUGAUAGUAUUCCUUGUGAUCUUGGUGUUAUUUUCACACAACAGAAAUUUGAAGGUGAAGUUAAUAGCAUUGAAACCUACUUAAAUACUUGGAAAACAGAAAAUGCUGCUGGUGGUGCAGCGAUUCAUUAUGGGACUUGGGAGUCCGCAGUUUACGGACUGGCACACGCAAACGAAUUGCGCGAAUUGCGUCGUAAACUUUAUCCUGAACCCUUACCAGACUUGGAGCCAAAAUUAAAGUCAAGAGGAAAAGUUCAUAAAAGUGCGUUAUCUACUGGAUACUCUGUACCGUUUCCAGGAGCAGAUCGUUCGAUUGUUAUACGCUCCCAACGGUUCUUAUAUGAAAAAUAUAAGCAGAGGCCAGUUCAAAUACAGACUUAUGUGACGUUCAAAUCGGCACUGUCGUUGAUGGCAACUGCUAUUGUUGGUUUGUUCUUCUCAUUGCUGACCAAAUGUGAAUGCGGGCGGAAACUACUUUUAAAGCAUCCGAAGUUUUUCUCGGCUGGGUUCGUCAGCCAUGAGGGACCAAAACCGGAAACUAUGGAGAAUACCCACUUUUCCAUAACGUUUAAGGCUAGUGGCUGGACAGAAAAAUUAGCAGAACCAACUGAUAAGCAUCAGGAGCCACCUAACAAAGAUUUAAUUACCAAAGUCUCAGGUGUCAAUCCUGCAUACGGUGCUACAUGUACUGCUCUUCUAUUAUCCGCUAUUACAAUUCUUAAGGAGGCUGACAAAAUUCCUGAUAACGGUGGCAUUUUACCUCCUGGUGCUGCUUUUGCGAAAACAUCAUUGAUUGAAGAGUUGAAUAAGAACGGUUUUAAAUUUGAAGUUAUCUCCUCCAUCGAAAAGUAAAGGUAUUUCAGUUUGAGUAUUUUCGGUUACCAGCCUCCUUCUACAAGUAAUAAGUAUCAGUAUAAAGGGACGUGUUACAGAUUAUCGGCUGAAUCUAUAGAUUUAUUUCAUUAAUUUACUAUUCAAAAUCUUUAACUCGAAAAGAAAUUUGUAAUUUUUAUUUACAUUACCCUUAGUCUAUAACAUGCUUUGCGUUUGAGUGAUGUCGUAAUCAGUUUGUUUGUUUGAUAUUUUUUUAAUUACAUUUGAUUCACAAAACAAGUUUUAUGGCGUGGCUUAAUUUACUAUUAUAUGUGAAAAACCAAAAAAAAUUGGACACUGUUUAUUGUGAUGUUCAAUUAAAUUUUUAAUUAUUUAUUCACGUUUGAAGAUGUAGAAAGGUAAGAUUCUUGGAAUUUGCCAAUAUGGAUUCACGUUUUCUUUCUAUAUUUGAAACUACUGAGAAAGUUUCAUAAAGCACAAGUAUUUCAUACAAAAAUUUCAUACAAAAAUUUCAUACUUGACUGAAUAUUCUGCUGGUUAUAAAGGGAAUUGAUCGAUUGAUUAUCAGACUUUUAUCCUAAAGCGAAAGAAAAUCCCCUAGCAGGUUUGUUACUUUGCAGCAUAAGUUAAAUUAAAAUAAAGAACAUAUACAUGUGUUGAAUACUUGUAUUCCAUCGUAAAGUAAUAUUCAAGCUAUUUUGUGCUCAAUUACAGGGGAGAGUUUAAAAAUAAAUAACCAUAUAAGACCA